ACCGCACACAGAUGGCACAUCGGCUCCUGGGGCAACCCCUAUGAGGGCGGUGGCCGACCCGGCAAGGGCGUGGUCACGUACUCGCUCAGCCCCAACCGACAGCGCCCGAUGGCAAACUUCAUCGGAAAGGGCUUCUGGAACGUCGUGCGCCGCUCGCGGAACCAGGUCCUGUACUUCAUUCCCCCGCUGAUUGCCGGCUACGCUGCGAUGGAGUGGGCGAUUGAGAGGAACGAGUACCUCAACUCCAAGCAGGGCCGCGCUGAGUUCGGCGACGCGGAGUAA